CAGAAUCGAGGAGACCAUGGGUGCAACUCCUCUGUGGCUGCUGGCCUCCCUGGCCAUUGCCUAUUUGUCUUCUGCGGCUGAUGGUACUCCAUUGAAAGUUAUGUCUGCCCCUAACCUGUUGCGAAUAGGGACAACAGAAAACAUCUUCGUGGAGUGUCAAGACUGCACUGGGAAUGACAUAAAGGUGGACAUCAAUGUGAUGAACCAUCCAACCAAAACCAAAAGGCUUGGCUUUACAUCCGUGACCCUUACUAGUGAUAACAACUUCCAGGGUUUGGGACAAAUUACGAUACCAGUAACAGACUUCAGUACAGAUCCCAACAUGAAGCAGUAUGUGUACCUGCAAGCUCAAUUCCCUGACCGGUUGUUGGAGAAGGUUGUACUAGUGUCCUUCCAGUCUGGAUACAUUUUCAUCCAGACAGACAAGAAUCUUUACACCCCUGACAGCAUGGUGAACUACAGGAUGUUUGGAGUGACACCUAGCAUGGAACCCGUCGAGAGAGAUCACCAAAACCAAGCCGAUGCCGCCGCCAUAAUUAUUGAGAUGAUGACACCUGAGAACAUCAUUUUACCUCUUGAGUCCGUCUUUCUGAAGUCAGGGAUCUACUCUGGAAGCUUUAAACUUGCUGAGGUUGUCAGUCCUGGACUGUGGAAAGUCGUCGCCAAGUUCCAAAGUCACCCGCAGCAGAGCUACUAUGCAGAGUUCGAGGUCAAAGAGUAUGUGCUCCCCAGUUUUGAAGUCAAAGUGAUACCUUUGAUCCCCUUCUUCUAUAAGGACAGUCCAGAAUUCACAGUCGACAUCAGAGCCACGUAUCUUUUUGGAAAAGAAGUAGAUGGGACGGCUUUUGUGGUGUUUGGGUUUCUAAAGGAUGGCAAGAAGAGCAGCUUCCCUGAAUCUCUUCAGCGAGUACCUAUCGAGGAAGGCAAAGGAAUCGUCACACUCAAGAGAGCGCAGAUCACACAAACGGUCCCAAAUGUUGAUGAUUUGGUGGGAAGUCAGAUAUUUGUGUCGGUCAGUGUAAUGACAUUGAGCGGGAGUGAAAUGGUAGAGUCGGAGUUGAGAGGUAUCCAGAUUGUCUCUUCUCCAUACACCAUCCAAUUCAAGAAGACCCCCAAAUAUUUCAAACCGGGAAUGUCCUUUGAUGUUACGCUUGAGGUUGUAAAUCCUGAUGAAACUCCAGCAGGAGGUGUGCGUGUGAUGGUGAACCCAGGUGAGGUGCACGGCUUCACCGCAGAAAACGGCAUUGCCAAACUCACUGUCAAUACACUUGCAAGGGACACAAGGCUGACUAUCACUGCACAUACCAAAGAUCCUAAAAUUCCCCAAGAAAGGCAAGCAAAAGCUACAAUGGAAGCCCUCCCUUAUAAUACCAAAAGCAAAAACUACAUCCACAUAGGGGUGGACACAGCUGAACUGGAUUUGGGGGACAACCUAAAAAUCAACCUUAAUCUAAACAAACCACCAACUCGAGAUACUGACAUCACGUACUUGGUCAUUGGCAGGGGACAAAUAGUGGAAUAUGGCCGUCACAGGACAAUAGGGCAAGUAUUGAUCUCUCUCAUCAUUCCCGUCACCAAAGCCAUGCUGCCAUCAUUCCGUAUCGUAGCUUAUUACCGUCCAGAUGACAACGAGGUGGUGUCAGACUCUGUUUGGGUGGAUGUCAAGGCCUCCUGCAUGGGCACGCUUAAACUGGAAUCCACAAGACAAGCACCAUCUUAUGAGCCUCGCAAGAUGUUUGGACUAAAGGUCACUGGGAACCCAGAAGCCACUGUAGGCCUGGUGGCAGUUGACAAAGGUGUUUUUGUUCUCAACAAGAAGUAUCGUAUGACCCAGAAAAAGAUAUGGGAAACUGUAGAGAAGGACGACACAGGCUGCACACCGGGCGGGGGGAAGGAUGCUAUGAAUGUAUUCUACGACGCUGGACUGGUGUUUGAGACCAACUCUGGGCAGGGAACUCCUUACAGACAAGAGCUAAAAUGCCCAUCACCCAGCAGGAGGAAACGAGCUUCGACUCUGUUACAGGUUACUACAACCUUAGCUGGUAAAUAUGAAGGGGUGCAGAAGGAAUGUUGUCUGGAUGGCAUGGAAGAAAUUCCUCUGUCAUACACUUGUGAAACACGCAGCGAGUAUAUUACUGAUGGACCGGCAUGUGUCGAGGCCUUCCUGUAUUGCUGCAAGGAGCUGGAAGGCCAGAGAUCUGAAAUGAAGCAUGACACCCUUCAAAUAGCUCGAAGUGAGAAGAGUCAGCACAUUUACAUGGAUAAUAUCGAAAUUGUCACCCGCACCAAUUUCCCCGAAAGCUGGCUUUGGUCUGACUUCAAAUUGCCUGGAUGCCCUCGACAAACACCUAACUGUGAAACCACGACACAUUUGAAUUAUGUUCCCAUGCAAGACUCCAUAACAACGUGGGAGUUCCUGGGUAUUAGCCUCUCCAAAACACAUGGUAUCUGUGUUAGUGAACCAUUAGAGGUGAUUGUAAGAAAGGAUUUCUUCAUUGAUCUCAAACUUCCUUAUUCGGCUGUGCGUGGAGAGCAGAUUGAAAUCAAGGCAAUCCUCCACAACUACAGCCCGGAUAUAAUCACAGUGCGUGUGGAUCUCUUUGAGACGGCAGAUGUGUGCAGUGCAGCCUCCAAGCGCACAAAGUACACUCAGGAGGUUGAAAUGGGGGCCGAAACUACACUGGCUGUACCCUAUGUCAUCAUUCCCAUGAAGAAAGGAAAGUUUGGUAUCGAGGUCAAAGCAGCUGUGAGAGGUUCCCAUCUCGCCGAUGGAAUAAUGAAGGAGCUAUUUGUGGUGCCUGAAGGCGUCCUGGUUAAGUCUCCUCAGAUAAUAAACCUUGACCCUGCUAAAAAAGGAAUAAAUGGCAAACAAGAGGUCAUUAUCAACAGUCAAAUUCCCACAAAAGAUGUGGUGCCAGGCACAGAAUCUGUCACGCAGAUCUCUGUGAUAGGCAGAGAACAAGUGAGUGUACUGGUGGAGAAUGCAAUUGCUGGCACAUCUAUGGGUAGUCUGAUCUAUCAGCCUUCAGGUUGUGGAGAGCAGAACAUGAUCCACAUGACCCUGCCUGUAAUUGCAACCACAUAUUUAGACAAAACUAACCAGUGGGAAACUGUGGGCUUUCAGAAACGUAAUGAAGCCCUGCAACACAUAAAGACUGGCUACAAAAAUCAGCUUGCUUACCGGAAGAAAGAUGGCUCUUUUUCUGUAUGGACCAAUAGAGACAGCAGCAGCUGGCUGACAGCCUACGUUGCCAAAGUGUUCGCCAUGUCCAACAUGAUUGUGGCAGUGGAAAAAGAUGUGAUCUGUGAUGCUGUCAAGUAUCUUAUUCUGCGUGCACAGCAACCUGACGGCAUGUUUAGAGAAGUAGGCAAGGUGGCUCACGGCGAGAUGAUUGGUGAUGUGCGCGGUGGAGACUCGGACGCCUCCAUGACCGCCUUCAAUCUCAUUGCAAUGCAGGAGUCAAGCGCACUCUGCGCUGAGACUGUUAAUAGUUUGGAAGACAGCAAAGCCAAAGCUAUCGAUUACCUGGAAAAACGUCUGCCCAGCCUUACCAACCCUUAUGCUGUAGCAAUCACAUCAUAUGCUUUAGCGAAUAAGAAUAAGCUCAACAAGGAGAUCCUCUUCAAGUUUGCUUCCCCAGAGUUUAGCCACUGGCCUGUGCCGAAGGGACAUAUUUACACACUGGAGGCUACAGCCUACGCUCUACUGGCUUUGGUCAGGGUUGGGGCCUAUGAGGACGCCAGACCUGUGGUGCGAUGGUUCAACAAACAGAGGAAGGUGGGCGGAGGCUAUGGAUCAACUCAGGCUACAAUCAUGGUAUAUCAAGCAAUAUCAGAGUACUGGACUAAUGCCAAAGAGCCAGAGUAUGAUCUGAAAGUGGACAUCGAUGUGCCGGGCAGAGAAAGAGCUCUCAAAUUUAGCUUCAACAAGCAAAACCACCAUGCCACAAGAACAGCUGAUAUGAAGAGUAUUAACCAGGAUGUGAAAGUGACGGCUGAAGGUACUGGAGAAGCAACAUUUACAAUGGUGUCGCUGUAUUAUGCCCUGCCUUCCGAAAAAGAAAGCGACUGUCAGAACUUUGACUUAUCGGUGGAGCUUAUUCCAGAAAAAUCGACUUCAGAAGAGAAGAUCUACAAGCUCAAAAUAGAGGUUAUGUAUAAGAACAAGGAGCAUGAUGCAUCCAUGUCAAUCUUGGACAUUGGCUUGUUGACUGGCUUCCGUCCUGACGAGAGAGACCUGGGCUUGCUCUCCAAAGGACAUGCCGCCACCAUUUCAAAAUUCGAGAUGAACACUGCCUUGUCAGAGAAAGGUUCUCUCAUCAUCUACCUGGACAAAGUCUCCCAUAAGCGUCCUGAGGAAAUUAGCUUCAAGAUCAUACAAACCCUGAAUGUGGGCAUCUUACAACCAGCUGCAGUGUCCGUCUAUGAAUAUUAUGAUCAGAGGCAUUGUGUGAAAUUCUACCAUCCAGAAAGGAGAGCUGGUCAGCUGCUGAAACUAUGCACAAAGAACGAAUGUACCUGUGCUGAAGAGAACUGUAGUCUUCAAAAGAAGGGUAAAAUCGACAAUGAUUUGCGUGCAGAAAAGUCUUGUGAGAGUACCCCAACCAGCAAGAUAGACUUUGUGUAUGGCAUAAAACUGGAACAAUUUCAUGAUGGUGUGUCAACUGACAUCUAUACAGCAAAGGUGACGCACGUUAUCAAAGAAGGAAAUACGGAUACGGGUCCCCUAGGCAAACUGCGCGCAUUCCUCAGUUAUCCUCACUGCAGGGAAACUUUAGGACUGGACUUAGGCAAAUCCUACUUAAUCAUGGGCUCAUCGAAAGAUAUCCACAAAGAUGACGAGAAACAAACGUUCCACUACAUACUUGGAGAGAGAACCUGGAUCGAAUACUGGCCUAAACCGGGAGAGUGUCAAACCCCAGAGCACAGAUCGACUUGCUUGGGCAUGGAACAGCUGAUGAGAAAAUAUUUAGAACCAUCUCCAUGUCAGCAAUAAUUCAAGUUAAGCACAAACCUGUAGAACAGAAAAAUGUUUUCAAUAAUGACAUCAUGUAAAACUCCUCCUUCCUUGUCAAAAUAGGUUACUCCUGGCCUAUUAAAA